UACCGAGAAGGCCCUCCACCUGGUUCUCUGUAACUUCGCUUCUCACAGUGAGGGAACCAGCAGAAGACCCUUGGAGGAGAACCUCAGUGUCUGGGCUGAAUGGGGGUGGAGACGCUCCUUCAGGUAUACUGGGCCGAGGCUGUUUAGGGCUUUAAAGGCCAGCACCAAAUAAAAUCAGAAGUUAAAAAAUAUCCAUUAUAAAAUAAAAUAAUACAUGAAAAUAGAUGCCAACUUUACAUAUCUCCAGGUGGGCUUGGCCAAACCAAGAUAGUUUUUAGUAGGGGGUGAAAGCUGCAGAGCCUUUUCCACCCCAUUUGUCUCCUGCAAAAGUCUCAUUUGUUCGCUGCCACUUUAGCACUGAUGGGGAAACCCCAGCUUCAUUUUGAUGUGGUUUUCACUUGUUGAAAUAUGUCUCUUGAGAUCAUUACAUUGCUGGAAAGCCCGGAGAGGGGACUGCUGUUCUUCCUCAGCACCCUUCUUCCUUCCAGCUUUUGGGUUUUGUGAUCCCCCACGGGGCAUUUAGCAUGUGCCCCAAAAUCAAACAGCAAGUGAGCCCAUGUGAUUUAGCAGGGCUCUAGAGAGCCGUGGGAAAGAAGUGGGGGAAAUGGGGAAACCAGCCUCGUGACUGAAGCGUUAACGCCUGCAACCCGCUUGUGGGCACCUUUAUGACAGGGCAGUGCUUGCAACUGAGAAGAAGGAUUUCCAAACAACAGCAUGAAGAGAGGGCAUGUGAGUUCUGACAGUUAGAGAGGGGUUUCCAAACAGCAGCAAGAAGUGAGGGCGCCUGACCUCUUGCUUGUGGAAUCCUAUGAACUUGAAUGGAUGCCCACUUGUUAAAAUAAGUCGUUCCUGUUGGCUAAUCUUUCCAUAUAUAAUUUUUUUGUCAAUGUAUGCUCAGUAUCUUUAUUUCUUAUUUAUAGCACAGGGUUUCUAGAGUAAAACAUAAUCGAAAGGGCAGGGUCUCUGCCACACAGGUGCUACACAUAGCUGCCAAGUCUCCCGUUUUUCGUGGGAAAACCCCGGAUUUUAAUCCGUUUCCCGCUGUUAACCCGAAUAGAAAAAAAUCCCGUAAAUCCCCCGAUUUCCUACCUGCCAGGGGGGCUCCUUCUGCGCAUGUCUGGACAUGCACAGAACUGAUUUCGGGUGCCGCUCUGCCCAUGUCUGGGCACCGGAAGUUGCUUCUACGCAUGUCCAGACAUGUGUAGAAGCGACUUCCGGUGCUGGUGCCCUGCCGCUGCUGAUCCCGGAUUUUUCAACGGGAGAGCUAUGGUGCUACAGCCUGAAUUUUUGAGUGAGGAAGAGGCCAUGGAAGGGAGGUCGACAGACUCUGAGGUUAUCAGUGGAAGAAUGCAGUUGCAUAAGUAGAUAGAAAUCAAACAUGAAUCCAAAAACCUCUAAAGAGGGGAGAAGGGAAGCAGACAAUUGGGUCAAGCAGGUUAUCCACGCAAGUUUGCUCUUUAUGGCUCUGUGAGGAAUUGAGGGGCCUGUGCUUACAAACUUAUGCUUAAGCAGACAUUAGGAUAGACAGAAUGAGGUACUGAGGGGAGCAGGGAAGAGACCGUGAAAUCGCGCUACAGUCAAACCUUGGUUGUUGAACAUAAUCCAUUCCGGAAGCCCGUUCGGCUUCCAAAAUGUUCAACAACCGAGGUGCGGCUUCCGAUCAGUUGCAGGAGCUUCCUGCACUCAAGCGGAAGUCACAUCAUACAUUCUGUUUCCAAAAAAACGUUCAAAAACAGGAGCAUUUACUUCUGGGUUAUAAGCGUUCGAGAGCCGAAACGUUCCAAAACGGAGGUGUUCAGGAGCCGAGGUUUGGCUGUAUUUUGGGUUGUUGGGUUCUUAAUGUCUUAAGUAAAGAGGAAAGUGCUGUUGACUUUAGAAAGCAACGUGCACACCUAAUAACUAGCAACUUGAGGAAACUUCUAUAUUGGUCUUGAUCAGAGAAAGUGAAGAUCCCAACCAAGAAGGUGGCAAGUGAUAUGGGUUUGCAUGAACCAUGGUUUCCAUUGGUGCACGUGUGACAUGAGAUUGAUCUUGCAAAGGGAGCAGGGUUCACUUCGGGGACAGGGUGGGGGAGGGAGGGAGGGAGCGCACAUCUCCCAGACUGGCUCCCAGUUUGCUGAUGCGCUUGGCAAGGUGCCAGCAUUGCACCUCCACUGGUCCAGCAAAGGAACUGAGGCUUACAUCUGGGUGGGAACAGUGCUCCAGGGUGAUUAGAGGAUAUACACUGAGCUUCCGAUAUGUUGCUUGAGCGAACAGUUAAAAGAUCAACUUUUGCUUAGCAAAAAAGUGAUGGUGCAUUCUGAGUCGCUAAUGUCUAAAGUUUCACUGACAUGCUUUCACAUCAAAUGAUUUGCAUUCAUUGAUAGCAGCAGAGGCGUGGGAAAUUCCUGCUGCCAAUAUUGCAGCAGGGGUAAAAUUUCCCACACCCACAAAUACUCUAUUUUUAUGUGCCAAGCAAAGUGAGAAUGUCUUCUGAAAUUGAUGAAAAAUGUGAAGUUUCAUUCUGAUACAGUGGUACCUCGGUUUAUGAACUCAAUUGGUUCCUGAAGUCUGUUCAUAAACUGAAGCGUUCAUAAACUGAAGCGUUCAUAAACUGAAGCGAACUUUCCCAUUGAAAGUAAUGGAAAGUGGAUUAAUCCGUUCCAGACGCGUCCGUGGAGUACUCAACCUGAAGCGUACUUACCCUGAAGCAUGGGUGUAAUUGGUUCCGGAAGUCUGUUCAUAAACUGAAGCGUUCAUAAACUGAAGCGAACUUUCCCAUUGAAAGUAAUGGAAAGUGAAUUAAUCUGUUCCAGAUGGAUCCGCGGCGUUCGUAAACCGAAAAUUCGUAAACCGAGGUGUUCAUAAACCGAGGUUCCACUGUACUGGGGUAGGGAAAGCAAGCAAGAGGCUGCAUUUGUUACUAACAUCUAGCCAAUUUCUGUACAGGCUCCAUCACCUUGUGAAACAAUGUUAUGUAUGAUGUGCUUUUAGUUUUGCCCACAAACACCAUUUUGAAUUUAGCUGUAUUGAAUGAUGCCCCUGUUUCUCGUCAAGCCAGUAUUGCAAGGAGUUCAUUAUUUUGCCCAAGCUAUCUUGGCCUUAAUGAAUGAGAAAUGCAAUCCAGCCAGAUUGCUUUAUGAUGUGCGGGGGGUUGAGUUUAAUGGCCCUUGGGGGACCUUUCAACUCCACAAUUCUAUGAUUCCCUGCCAGGGAUCUCAAGAAACCAAAGCUGUUGCAGUCCAGCAGACAGAGAUAUUGCAGAGAGGGAUUCUUGUGGCUCUGUUCUCCCAUCUCUAAAGCAUCCUCCUUCUGCAUAUCUGUCAAGAAAUUCUGAAAGAAAUCAGAAACAGGACAAUGGGUUUUUAGCUUCCACGAUUGCUGGCACUUCCGACUCUGCUGAGGAAGACAAGAGUGUUCAUGGGGUUGCGUGGAGAAACUUGAGGGGAGCCCUCUGUCGUUGCAAGACCUUGACUGUGAAAUAAACUCUUCAGAAUCUCUCAGAAUGCUGUUCUUCUUGUUGCCUCUCCUCUUCCAGCCCCAAGGUAUUUGUGGGAUCAGCAGAGAUGAAGGAGACUUCCAGUUUUGUGCAACCAGGAAUCAAACAAAGAAAAGCAAUAUCAGUUAUGAAAUCCAGAGCGACGGCAUCAGCAUUGUAAACAGUGCAGAGAAACUGAUCCUAAGGGCACCUUUCACUUCAGAAAUUCAGUGUGGUCAUUUUCCAGAACCCAAGGAGUGUCUUCUGCCAGAACAACUGGGGCCUUAUCGCAUCUGUUUACACUGGUUUCCGCAUGACAGUCGCUUGAUGAUCACCUAUGGGAAGUCCAAAACGAAUUUCAGCUUGACUAGCCAGGCAUAUACCCUGUACUGUCCUAUUACAACUGAAAAUUCUUCUCAAAAUGGCCCCAGUGUGCUUUACAGGGUCUCCUAUGCCUUUAAUAGGGGUGUCCACAACACAUCCCUUCCAGACAGGUCUGCAUAUAAUUUCUACUUCACAGGUGAUCAAGGAAAUAUGCCUGUUCGAGUAUGCGAUAUGGAAGGAAAAGUUAGGAGCGUAGAAGAAAAGCUGAAGACCCUGGAAAAAGGCGUGAAGCCUGGCAAGAGUGGCAGGAACGGCCUUCGGCCAAACCCAUUUGAGUUGCUCCAGCGUUUGGAGACAGAGUUGGGAGAAGCAGAAUUCCAAGGGAAGAACAAGACUUUUGGGAAGGGAGCACUGCUACAUGCAAGCGUCUGGAAUUUCCAGUCCUUCAGUCAUCAGAAUAUAACUUUUGGACCCAAGCUGGAGGAGGACAAAGAGGUUCGUGGCUUUGAAGUGAUGCUGCCCAAAGCGGCCCUUGACAAAGUCGUCCUUGCAAAACCCAAACUCGGGCGCAGGCCUGCUACGCCGAGGGCAGUGCUGCUGGUGGUUUCAAGCUCCGCCCUCUUUCAGGACCAAAGUUCUUCGGACCAGAUCCUGGGUGGGAAAGUGAUUGGCCUCUCUAUCUGGAACACUUCAGUCCAUGGCCUGCUCAAAGAGGAGCGGGUGGCACUCACUUUCUGGCACAACCGUCUUCCGUCGAACGUGACUCCCCAGUGUGUGUUCUGGGACAUUGGCUCUGAAGCUGGCCAUCCAGGCAAGUGGAAUUCAUCUGGCUGUGAAGCAGAACGAGGAGUGGACCGAACUAUCUGCCGCUGUGACCAUCUCACCUUUUUUGCUGUGCUGAUGGUGUCCUCCCCAGAAAUCGGCCGCAGCCACCAGGUCUACCUGACCUUGAUCACUUACAUUGGGUGUAUCGUUUCGGCCGUGGCAUCGUUCUUCACCAUCUUCUUCUUCCUCUGCACAAAGAGGAAGCAAGGGGACAACAUUGUCUACGUUCACAUGAACCUCCUCUGGGCCAUCUUCCUUCUCAACAUGAGCUUCCUCAUCGCAGUGCCUCUGGCCCCUAACGGUGGUGAAGUAGCUUGCAAAUCUGGCGCCAUGUUUCUGCAUUUCGGGGUGCUGGCCUGCCUGACCUGGAUGGGUAUCGAGGGCUACAGCCUGUACCUCCUUGUGAUCAGAGUCUUCAAUUCCAACAUCAAGCACCUGCUCCUUAAGCUUUGCCUGGUGGGCUGGGGUCUUCCCAUAUUCAUUGUUCUGCUGAUCUGUGUGAUCAACCCGUCGCAUUACGGACAUUUCCCCAUUAAAGUGUAUGAAUCCUCUGGGGAAUAUACCAAUGCAACAAUCUGCUGGAUCACCAAAAAGGAGAUCAACAACUUCCUGAAUCUGGGCUUUCUAAGCCUGGUGCUCUUCUUCAACACCAUCAUGCUGGGCGCAAUGGUGCAAGCGAUCCUCAAGCUGCGAUAUCACUGGGGAUACGCCGUGAUGCUCCUGGGGCUGAGCUGUGUGCUGGGCAUCCCUUGGGGGCUGGCCUUCUUCUCCUUCACCUCUGGAACCUUCAAGCUGGUGUCCGUGUACCUUUUCACCAUCAUCAACUCACUCCAAGGGUUCCUCAUCUUCCUUUGGUACUUGGCAAAAACCCUCCAGUCCCGCAGGUCUUCCUCCUACUUCUACAGCACAACUUCCAGCAGUGUCAAGCUACAGCCAAGCAGCACCAGCAUAUGACCCAGUGAGGGGGGCCACAUUCUGCUUGGAUGUCCUGCCUUGCCUCCUGUGGAACCGAAGGCCUCAUCCCUACCUGCUUCGAAAAUCCAGACUUUCAGGAAUCACUUUGUCCUUGCACUGCUCAUAGCUGAGUGGUUGGCAUACAAGCUAUUUUAAAACCUGGAACCCUCCAUGCCUGUCUCUCCCCUAUUUAUCAGGGAUACCCUUGCCUCUAACCCCUGUCUCCAUGGAAAGCGCUCGUACCUGUUGAGCACGUGCGAGGGAACUGUUGCAAAGAGGAAACCACGUCCAGAAAUUGUUUAAAUGCAGUAUUUCUAUAUAUAUAUGUAAUUUUU